UAAAUGUGCAGCCUGGAAUGAAUAGCGGCCCGAAGAGGCUAGGGCUGCGCGGCAGGAUGAUGAAGCAUGCGCCUCGGCGCUCCACCUGAAACAACAACAGUUAAAUACUAUUUAUUCAAAUAACUAUUACAACUGCGACAGGCGGCAUCCAUAACCUUUCGUCCUUCUUGUGCGUCUACCAAAAACACUUCAAAACACCUGUCGCUACAUUUCGCGCGUAUCCAUGUCCCUGACUGAUGUCAACCACACCCAGGCCGUCACGCUCGGCAUAAUAGCUGUCUAUGCUGUGGUGAUCGCUCUAUUAUGGAAUCUGCCGUAUGUUCGGUGGUCGCUAUGGCCCUUCAAGAUGCUGGUCAUCGCCUUCCAUGAAUUCGGACAUGCUAUCACAGCAGUCCUGACAGGCGGCCGCGUCAAGUCCAUCUCGCUGGACCCGCAUGAAGGUGGUGUGACACAUAUGGUCGGCGGCAUGAGUGCGAUCACCUUGCCGGCCGGCUAUCUUGGCUCGUCGCUGAUCGGCGCCUUGCUCAUUUUCUGCGGCUUCGAUAUUGUCGCUAGCAAAGUCGCCAGUAUCGUUCUGGGUGUGUGUUUCUUGCUCACCCUCUGGUGGGCUCGGAAGGACUGGUUGACUAUCGUGACGAUUCUGCUUGCCGUGGGCUUGCUGAUUGGCUUUUGGUUUAUUGCUCAUGCUGAAGCGCUGCGUUUCUUGGUGCUAUUUAUUGGUGUCAUGUCGUCCCUUUACAGCGUCUGGGAUAUCUGCGAUGAUCUGAUUCUGCGCAAAGUGAACACCUCCGACGCAAGCGUUUUCGCCAAGCGUUACGGUGGUUCCUCUCAAUGCUGGGGCGCGACCUGGUCCUUGGUGUCAGUGGCUUUCAUGGCUGUCGGUAUCGUUGCUGGACUGGCUGCAUUCAACCAAAGCUUUUCUCAGCAGGAGAGUGACUCGAGCCAUUUCAUUCCAACGAAGAUGUGAGGUUGAUGGCCUGGUUAAGGGCUUGAAUAUUGCGUGUCCACCUCGUUGGCUUGGGCGAAUCAAAGCUAGAAAUGGAGGUGGCAUUAACGAUGUUAUACGACUUUCCCUUUUGGUUUGCAAGUUUUACAUGUUUACAAGGACUGCGUUUUAGUUUUAUGAUACCUUUAUUGUUGAUUUGUUUUCAGGGGUGCGUUUCAUAUAACCUUUAAGGUUGAAUUUCUAAUUCGAUUCCUUUGAUAUAGAUCUCUAAACCCAGUGUUUAUUGAAAACAAUAUAUUGUUACGA